CCAAGACAUGGGCGAAAAUUAAAAAGUGAAAAACAACCCUAGAAUUGAUUUUUAUGAAAAAUUGGAAAGCCAGCAACACGCACAGACAAUGUGAUUUGUUCAAACACGGAAAACACUGAUUUCCGUUCAAUUCAACUGAAAGUGUCUGCCACGGCCCCAAAUUCAACCUCUAUGGAUUUGUUCGCGGCUUAUAUAAUGGAUACAUGAUAAACAAAAUGGACUCUUUGUAACUACAGGUUGGGCAUUUUGUUCUUGCUUUUUUUAACUUCUGCGAGGAUCGGAGAUUUAAUUGUUCAAUAUGACCGCCACUGCCAACUCCGGCGAUCGCCGGAGCCCGAAAGAAAUCGUUUUCGAUGCCUCCGCUGGUGCCGCCGCGGGUGCUAUUGCAGCUACAUUUGUUUGUCCAUUGGAUGUGAUAAAGACCAGGCUUCAAGUCCAUGGCUUGCCUGAAAUGAACGCUUCUGGCCCUCGAGGCAGUGUUAUUCUUGUCAGUCUGCAAAAUAUAGUCCGGAAUGAAGGUAUGAAGGGACUGUACCGUGGCCUCACGCCCACAUUGACAGCAUUACUUCCGAAUUGGGCGAACAUUGUUAAAGUUCUGGCGUGUGAUAUUCAACGUGAUUUCAAAUCAUUUGCAUUUCCUUUAGAUAAAGAAAUGGUAUAUUUCACAGUUUACGGGCACCUGAAAGAACUGCUACAUUCAUAUGGUAGGUUUCAUAAUCCUCAAAAUGCGUUCUCACUGAAAUUUGAGGGUAGGAAGGACCAGCUUACAAUUGCAUCAAACAUGAUAGCUGCCGCAGGAGCUGGUGCUGCAACAUCCAUCACUACAAAUCCUUUGUGGGUUGUUAAGACAAGACUUCAAACACAAGGGAUGAGGCAAGGUGUGGUUCCUUACAAGAACAUAUUUUCUGCCUUGAGACGAAUAGCUCAUGAAGAAGGAUUUCGAGGAUGGUACAGUGGUCUUCUGCCUUCUCUCGCUGGAAUCAGUCACGUGGCUAUCCAAUUCCCAGCAUAUGAAAGAAUAAAAUUCUACUUAGCUAAACAAAAGAAUAAAAGCUGUGAUGAGCUCAACUCUUGGGAAGUUGCUAUUGCCUCAUCUGUCUCAAAAGUAGUUGCUUCCGUGUCAACUUAUCCUCAUGAGGUUAUCCGUUCAAGGUUGCAAGAACAAGGUCAAGUACGAAACACCGAACAGCAAUAUGAAGGGGUGAUUGAUUGCAUAAAGAAGUUGUUGAGAAAGGAAGGUAUUCCCGGGUUUUAUCGUGGGUGUGCCACUAAUCUCUUGAGAACAACACCGUCAGCUGUAAUAACAUUCACCAGUUAUGAGAUGAUACACAAAUUCUUACUACGUGUAUCACCCCCAGAUGAUAAUAAGCCCAACCCUAAAUCCGGAGGUGGAAAGGAAAAUGUGAGGCCUGGAGAAAAUAAUACGUUGCACAGAUCUGUAAACUCGUCUAAUGUUAGAACUAAUCUUGUUGGUGUGGCCAACAUAUAACUGCUAGGCAUUGAGGUCACAGAAUUUUUUAGCAUUUUUUUUUUUUUUU